GUGUUCGUGGAGACCACGUUGGACACACGGGAUAUCGUCCUGUCUGCAGGUUUUGUCAUUGACUACUCCCAUAGUGUUUUUCUAUACAGUUGUAGGUGUAUCUAGGAUGUCAGUAUUGGUAUGAAUAUUCGCUCUCCUCUAGUUUUUUGUAGCAAACGCAAUCCGACGACCGACGAGCCCAGAUGAAUCUCAGGAACGCCGCUGUGGUGGGCGGUUGCGCCUUGGGUUUGUCGCCCGUCCCCGAUUUCUUUGUCCGGGUCAAGGGGCAAAAACUCGACUUUUCAGUGGAGCAUUCGACAGAGUUGCAUCCGCUACAGGAGCCUAGACACCCUGCACACGCUGUGGGGCACUUCGUGCUCGAAACUGUCAUCCGGCCGCGUCUGCCACCGAAAGAUGCCCAACGCAGCAGGGCCUUAUUGGCGACAAAAGGCGGCGUCGCAUCCGCCUCCCAACUAAGCCUACUGGUGAAGCAUGAGCUACCAAAGCCCGAACUGCAAAGACGCUUGCGAAGACGUCGGAGAUCAUUGCAGGAAGCCGCCACGGUGAAUGGGUUCGUGGGCAAUGGAGAUGAGCGAGCGCGAAUCCGCACCAUGCUGGCAAUGAAUCGGGUAGUGUAUCCCGACGGGAAUUACGCCACGCCCAAGUUGGACCAUGUCCAUUCAUUUCCAGGCGGCUCCUACAAGGGUUCGCCGAACGCCGGAGAAACCGUGGCAGCCUUCGGGGCGCGAGUCACUGCAACGCACAACCAGUGGAACUCUGAUAUGGAGGCCGUCUUGCAGGGAAACGCGAACCAGUGGGCCGAAUCCUUCACCGAACCCUCCGGCGAGCCUUUGGGGUUGGGUGUUAGUGCCGGAGUCUACAACGAUGGCACAACUCGCGUCAUCGUUUUUCGUGGCACCGAGACAACAUCGGACUUCAACAAUUUAUUGCACUGGCAUGAGGGGUGGUUCUUGCAUCGGCUACGGGCGCGUUACAUGCAAAUGUGGCAGGAUGCCGGCCUGUCCAUAACCUCCGAGAUGCUUGCGCGCGCGGAGGUCGACGACGUGGUCGACCGUGCGAAGUUUUUGGGUAUGUCUUCCCUGAUCGCGGCGUCUGACGAUUACAAUUGGGUUACAUCGUACCUCACAGAAAAGCGAUCCAUUGUGGGCGUGUAUUGGUUGCAGAGUUUGCUACUUAUAUUUCAUAGUAAGUAUGUUUUUUUCUGGAGGAAGCACAGCCGAAGCAACCGCCGGGGCUGCGUGCGUUUUGCUGAGGACACGCACAUGGGAUUGAUUGGCUCACUAAGUAUGUCAGAAAAAAUCGACACAAGCAGCGUGAGCAAAAAGAGUCCACGGGAUCCAGAGUCAAUGCGCCUCGAUCCGCCUGCGCGAUAUUACUUACUACUACUAGUUGUUCUACUUUCACACGAAGCGAACUCGUCGCUCUAAAUCGUCACAGUGAGGUCAGUAUUUUCUUCUAUACGACGCUCGGACUCGAGCGUGCUGACUUGAUUCAACAGGGGUACUGGCCGCUGACGAAGGCUGUGGUCCGUGCGGUGCUCCCAGCGGGGCGAAACACUGCCGGCGAGGCGACCAACUCCAUUUACAUCACAGGGCACUCGCAAGGGGGCGGGCGUGCCGCGAUGGCGUCCAUCUGGUUGGAGAACACGGACGGCACCGCUUACCCAACCUACCUCUUCGCUGGCGUGGGCACCCAGUGCGCCGUCCGUUACUCCACCGCCCCGGCGUACAGCCAGGACAUCGAUGUGACAAGGAACUACGCACACAUAAAGCAGUACGUGAAUGUGCUGGAUGGCAUUGGGUACAUUGAUUUUUCCAAUGCGGGAACCAUCUGCAGGUUCGGGUCCACCGAUCUCGCGACCCAUCUCGGAUCGCCAACGAAAGAAUUCUGCGGGAAAACAAUUGGGGUUGCUGGUUCGACGUAUAUCAUGAGGAAAAACCUCAGCUCCCUAAGCCCAUGUAGCAAAGGCGUUUGAAGAUCAUGAUCACGUACACGUUGCGCUAUGUCGGACAUGGCCAAAGAAAUGCUACUUACAACAACAGCAUGCUCCGGGAGCCCCGAUUUGAGUCGUGCAAGCCGUUGCGAUAGUUUUUUUUUUGCUACUUAGUUGCCCAUUUUCUUCCAAGCACAGCAACCCCCGCGCAUUCCUCUCUUCAUUUGUCGGUGUCCCAGUGAGGACGCGGAGGUUUGAAAUGCAAAAACAAGUAAAAACGUUUGCCGAUGUCCGGCCUAAGGACUGCGCGAAAGCCGCAGCCCUCGGAGAACCUGAAAGGGGGGCUUGAAUCACCGCGGAGCGGGCCUGCUGUGCGGCUGGCUGCUGCGGUACUACGGGCGCCCUUGGAACCGCCGAAAAAGAGGGGCGUGCGCGAAAUAGGUGACGGAGCUGCGUGAGAGCGCAUUGCAGUGAUUGCAAUCGCGCUGCGCCCUCUGCAUAUUUUUGCAAACGCGAGAGCUGUGCAGUUCGUUUUGCUACCCUUCACUGCUACGCAAGACAUUCUGCUACUUGCUCACAUGCGGGCUUGGAUGCUAAGACAGGCCCGUCGCACAUACGGCCCAAAGGGCGCGCGCCUACGUAAGCGAGCAGUGACAUCUCUGCAAAGCAUGUCGGCGGCGGAGCUAUGUCGUCGAUCUGUAGGAUGUACGCCGUGAUCUACAUUCUAGGGGGGCGGCGUGGCCCGGGUAGUUGCAGAGAUUAAACGUGUUCGACUGGUCAAGAACUCGCCAGGACUUCGUGCAAAAUAAAAGUCGCGGGGCUAGUGCUACUAACUACGCGACAGCGAAUUUCUCGUAUUGCUCUCUAGCAUAUCAAGGUCAUGCACAGCGAUAGAGGCCACGCAUUUGCAUUUCCUUUGCUUUGCGUAUGGGGCGAGGGGAUUUUUCCUCAAGAUAAUUUGGACGCUGCCGAGCAAUGCAGAAUCUGCGGACAUGUAUCGAUGCCGCUACUUUGUACAUGUUAUCACGUAGAAAAUUGCUAGCAAGCCAAGGCAUGCAGUUGUCGCCUUUUUUUUUGUUGAUUUAAAUUUUCAAUUUCUUUGCAUAGCAGCUACUAGCCGCGUGUAGUACGUGUCAGACUUUUUAAUCAGGGGAAGGAGUAGGAUCAAGACUUUUUAAUCAGGGGACUUUUUAAUCAGGGGAGCUUUUUAAUCAGUAGGAACAGACUUUUUAAUCAGGGGAAGAUCCGGCCCGGCUCGCUGCCGACGCCGCACAGCCUAGCGCCGAUUCGCCCGGGUUUCUUCGCCCUUCUCGCCGGCGUGCCGCCCCAUUCCUCCUCCGCAUUCCGAAAAUGGACAAGCCCCCAAUGGAUGCUUGCCGCGCUUCAAGGAGGGGGCACGGUGGCCGUAAGGAGUUCGGCCGCCCUACAAACAAGGCGGCAAGCGGCAGCGGGCUAAGCUGCGAGGCAAAGGAGCGCGCCGCCAGCUUGCGAAGCGGGGGACGCAGCCCGGGAGGGGGGGCGCGGCUCGGCGUCUACGCCGCGCCGGUUCGCGAAUGAGCACACGGACAGGCCGGCGGCGUCGGUCUUUUGUCAGGCAGAGGCAGGCCCCCGGAGCGGUCUCGGGCGUUAUUGGUUGGCCAUCGGCUUCGGGGUUUUUGCAAAUCCCAGAGCUUUGGCAGCUUCGCGCCGGGCCCGGUUCGCGACUAACUUGCGGCAGGAUUGCGCCCGCCCGGGCUCGCGCGCCUAUCCGCAGCGGCCCCGCCGGCGUGUCUUCGCAGCUGCCCCGCCUCUUCGCAGCUGCCCCGCCUGCCUGGGGGGCCCGCGGCGAAGUCCGGAGCGUGAGGCAUCCAGGAAGGGCGUCGCUUUGUGACUUCCCGGAAAAUCGCGCGCGCGCCUGCUUUGGUGUUUCGCAGCCAGCCUCCUGAGCCGGGCCCCGCUCUCGAGGGAUGGCCGCGCGAAGUGUUCUGCGGCGCUGCUCGUCUUUGGUUCGGGUUUCUUCGCGCCCCCGGUUUGUGGCGGCGUCGCGCCAGGCUCUGGCGGCCCGGCCCCGAGUUGUUCCGGCCGCUUCCCCGUGUUGGGCACCCGGCUGCCCAGUCGGAAGGAUGGCCGCCCCGCGCGGUGGAAUUUGUGCUCUGCCGGAGCAUUCGGAACGUUUCAAAGUUUUCGGGGCUGCGCCCGUUUCGGCCGGGGGGAGUUUCGUCGAUUCGGCGGGCGGGGGUUCUGUUCUCCGUACGUCGAAAAAAUGGGAAGCAAAAGGGCCCGGGGGGGGCUUCUAUUCAUGUCGGGAGGGCGACGAAACGGCCGCGAUCCCGAUCUGGAUAGAAGCCCAACAGGAGAAGGGCUGCAGUAGAGCCAUUACGAGGGGCCGGAAUAGAAGGCCCCGGGGGCACCUCAACAGAAGCCCCUUCUUUUGGCGCUUUCCUUCGGGUCGGGUUUUGUGGCCGGUGUUUAGGGAUUCCGUUUUUUCAAAUUUGGCCGGGGAAUUUCGCGAGGCGCCAAGGCCUCUCGCACCCACCCCGGGCGCGUCCUCUCUCGGGGAACCAAGCACACGGGCGGAGGGCGUAGGGACAUUGGCCCGCGCCGCUCCUGCCUUUUUUGGUCCGCCGCCCCUGCUCUUGUUCCGGUUUUGGCGGGGGCCCUGGAAUGUGUGGAGCCUCGGCCCGCCUGCCUUCGCUCCCGCGGGUACUUCGUUCGCCAGGGGGGCCGGCCGGGUUUUUCAACUCGUGCCAAGCGGGGCCGGCCCCGCCCAUUUUCUUGGCUUCCGUGCUUUUGCCAAAUCCCGAAGCCGGUAGGCAGCCGACACAGCGCAGCCACCGCCCCAGGGCCUCAAGUUGAACAAAGGCCAAUCUGCCAAGCGCCCGACCCUCCCUGAUUGGCCCCGUGGCCAACGAAACACGGGGGGGCCCUGCCUAUCGCGCGCCGGCCAAAUCAAAGGGCGCGCCACGACGGUGAGCCGGGAGGGGCGGCGCCCUUCUCGGGCGCCCGCUGCGUUUUUUCUGGCGGGCGGUUUGGGACGCGCGAAAAGGCGCCCAAAAAAAAAGCACGCCCGCGCGACAUCUGAACUGGAAAGCCACGCGGCGCGGUUGCGGUGUCGCAGCGUUUUGGCCGCUCGCUGAAGCGGCCGCCCCUUCGUCGGCUUCUGAUACUGGCGCGCCUUGCAAAUUGGCGCCCUGCGAAAAAAGGAAGAAUAGGCAAAAGGGGAAAAGCCUGCCAAACCCAGGAGCCCGCCGGGCGGGCCUCAUACCGUCGGGGCCGGUCUCCGGAGGUGGGCUCGCUUUGUUUUCGAAGGCGCAAAAGCUUGGAAAGUGCGGCAUUUGCUUCAUAGCCGGCCGCCUAUUCUUGCCGCCUAACGUCAUCCGCUAGCACGCGGGGAGCCCGGGGAGAGCAAAACCGCCGCGGGCCUGGGCUCUUCAACCAGCCCAGGGCAAGAAAACGCCUGCGGCCUCCCUAACAAGCCCGCCCCCGCGCCGAGCUGCUUUUGGUAAACCAGGGAGGAGAAGCGCGGGCGGGCGCUAGCCGGGCGGGGAGAGCGGUGGGGCGGGGCUUCCAGCCUCAAGUGCCGCAGGUGGGCGCCUGAAGAAUGGCCGGGCCCCUCCGAGCGGUCUGCUUGGCUGGGUGGGAAGCAUUCUCGCGGUUGUUCAAAGUCAGCACGAGCGCGCCCCGCUUCUUUCUUCUCGCAAGCGCUCGGCUUUCGCUACGCAGGGCAUUCCUGCCGCGCGCCGAAAGAGGAAACAGAGGUAAGCCCAGCUCCUUCAAAUCGCCACCAUUUGCAUUGCGACAAGCUAGUAUCAUAGCAGGUUGCUUUUUGGUCCUGCACAGUUUCGACGUCGCUACGCAAGGAAGUCGCAACUGACCCCGGCAUCCUUCUCAAAAAAUGAAAAAGCAAACUCAACUGACUAAAAUAGCCCCAGAGGAUGCCACUCUCUCAAGACACGGGGGACCCAUUUUUUAGUUUCAGAUGUACACGAAGACCGUUACUUAGUGUGCUGCUAGUGAUUUCCUGCAGGAUACCCUCGACGCCAGGUAAAGUUUUUUGGCGCUCCGGGCCGUGAUCUGUUGCUGCAAUGUCGUGGUGAUGUAGUUGCUGUGCUUGCGUGACUGAUUAUAGUGGAGCGCGCACGUCCUUGCUUUUGAUUUCGUCACCGAAGCGAAAAAGGUUGAUUUGGACAGACGAGAUCGUCGGCUGCAUCAUUAUAUGUGUACGACUAUUGCUAUUCUAAUUCUAUUAAUCAAACAAGGGAUCCAGUCCUACCUGCUGAACGACACCGUAUUGGCCGCUGAUGGAAGCACAGACGGCGGGUGCGCGGCAAAUACAUACACCGUUCCAGCAGGUGAUCCAAACGCGAUCUGCCCUCCGUGCCGCCAGCCUCGAUGCGUGCGGCGUCUUCCCCAAUCCGCAAUAGGCUGGUCCCAGAGGCAGCUCAACGCCCCGACCCAGCACCCGUGCAUGGCAUCAGGAGCUACGACCCCGUCGAUCGGCUCCAUGAUCGACGUUGGGAAUCCGGAGACCCUGUCGCAGUUUGUGAAGUGCUUCUACCUCGGGCCGAGUUCUUACCUCAUGCUGGGGAGUUCACAAGAGAGCGCCGCGAGGUUGCGGAGUCUGCAAAUGACAGAGUACGUCCGAAACAAAAUUUACUUUCGGAAGCUCACGACGACGCAGCGGGACGACCAGACUGAAGAUGCUUCCAUCUUCUCUACAGUGUUCAAGUACAAGACUAUGUUGACGCAAAAUCUCACGCCCCCCUGGUUGUCACAGGAAGGCUAUUCGUAAAGCUCCAUGCGUGGCCACAAAUCUGCUUGUGUCGAGCAUAAAUACAAGGAAAGUAGGGACAGGCACGUCCAGAAACUUUUGUCGAAUCCAAUAUGUCGCGAUAUCUAUGGGUGUUAGCGGAAAGCAGACAUCUACCAUGCGGAAUAGUUAGACGCAUGGGUUAGGAUUCCUAUGCCAGUUUACUACAUUCGUGAACAAGUACAAGCAUCCAAUCACUACUCCCGCCACGCGGAAAGGCAAAAGGAGUGCCGUACACAAACGACCCGAGACAGUCGGUGCGGGCACUUUUCCUCCCAAGACGGACGACGCUUCUCGGAACGUGGGAAUACAAUGCGGAGACCUGGAUUUCUCGUGCGAAGAUGCAGUUGUCUGGUACCCUCCCGGAUAUGCUCCACGUUACCACUAUCACGGGCUUGCCCUCCCAGUUGAAUCCGGCGAAUUUCCGCUCGGACUUGGAAUCGGCCACGACAUUUGGGACCGCGCAGGGUAUGAAUCUAAUCAAGGACGUCGGUAUGGUGGCCGGGUCGAAAAUCUGUUUUCCGAUUCCCGCGAUGCCAACGGAAAUGUGUAUCGUCUGGCUGAAUCCGACGGAGAGUGAUAGCGUCGACAAUCCAGGCGUCCGCCGGGCAGUGCGAAAAUUGGCGAGUGUUACUCCCUCUCAGCGUGCGCUGUCGACUGGAGCUGGUGCCGGAAGCAUGUACGUUUCGGUUGGGCCGCAAUCUAACUCGACUCUUACACUGCUACCGACCAUGGGCAUGAAAGUAGCGUCGUUGUCGAACGACGGGACGUAUGCAUUGCAAAUGCUUCUGGGUCUGGAAACCUGUGGCGCUACCUCAUAAUUCAUUGAGGGACUAAUAUGAAGAGACUCAAACGUCACUCACUGCAGCUCCACGCAAGCAUAGCAAAUGUUUGGGCUGCUUUCUGUUUCUCGUGCUGUGUGCGUGACAAACAAUUGUGUCCCUAUUUGGUGGCCAUACAAAAUAUAAUAUGUAAAUAACUUUAGAGGAGCGCACGCAGAGCGAGCAAUACAAAUCGGGACCGCCGAGCCUAGCCGAAAUCCAUGCGCAAGAAGUUUAGAAAAAAAAAAACCUGCAGUGGAGUUCUUCCAUUUUUCUAGACCCCAGCACUCGCAACUCAUAGGACGCCGACGCUGUCGGUGUCUCAGGUUCCGUAUCCUUUACAAAAGAGCUGCUAGCGUGUCUUAUAUAAUAAUGUCAGAAACGCAGACACUCCACUCCAGCCAGCGGCUUUAAGUGGCGGUGGGGGUCAUGCAUAAGCAUAACUAGACCAGCAAAACGGCCGAAGUGCAUACCUUCUCGCGCACCCAGUUGGGGCGGGGGUCGCGGACCUAGCGAAAAAAACCAACCGAAGCGAGAAAGGCCAGAGCGAAGCGCGCCCGAAGCGAAACGCGCCAACGCGAAAAGACCAAGGCAAACCGCUUGGCUUUUGCGCCGACCCGCUUUGUUUUGCGCCGCUUUGCUUUGGCGGGCGCCGCUUUGCUUUUUCGCCGCCUGGCUUUUGCCCUUCUUGCUUUUCUUUGCGCUUCUUGGUUGCUUCUGCGCCGCCUUGCCUUUAGCGCCGCCUCGCUUUGGCGCCGCUUUGCUUUCGCGCCGCUUUGCUUUCGCGCCGCGUUGCUUUUGCGCCGCUUUGCUUUCGCGCCGCUUUGCGUUUGCGCGGCUUUGCUCUUGCGACGCUUUGCCUUUGCGCUUUGCCCGCAGCAAGCUCCUAAGCGAGCUCCUAAGGAAGCGGCUGCGGGGCUCUUAGCGCGCUCCCAGAGAAGCCGCGAAGGGGCCCAGGGCAUGCUGCUGGGCAGCCCUUGGCGAGCGCCUUCGAAAGCUGCUAAGCAGCCCCUCGGAUGCUCCUUGUGAGCCUUUGCCCGCCCGACGGCGCAUCGGGACCCUUUAGGCACGUUUCUUUCGCAAAUUGGCCGCUUUUUACCCACAAAACUUAAAGCGGCCCCUUAAUGUGCUAGUUUUUCUCAGGGGCGCCACUUCGUCAGCCUCUUACGGACCACCCCCUCAAGGCGCCACUUUGCAACGAAAUCGCUUUAGCGAAUGCCUUACGAGCCGCAGAAACCUUUCGCGUUAUUUAGACAUGCUACCAGUUCUGUGUGCACAGUCUGAGCGUCACCGCCCUGAGCCAAAAGGUCGCAGAAGCGUCUGAGGCGCCCUCAUUUGCCGUCCUGGAGGCCUCGCAGACUACGACUACGAGCACGACCGUCGCGCCGGCGAGUGGCGGCUCUGGUACGGGUUCGGCGGAUGGAGAUGAUACACUGGUGCUGGCAGUAGUGCUGGCCGCUUGUGGUCUUGGCAUAUCAAUUGCAAAAUAUAUAAAUGCCUGGGCUGCGUGAUUUUUUUCCAAUAUGCAUUUCGCAGGGAUUUAGAUUCAGUUUCGAAUUAAUAAGCAACACGACUCGGCUUGAGUCGCAAAACGGCCGCGGCCUCGCGCUUGCAAGCAUUGCCCGCAAAUCGUGUAGGUUCGGAAGCAGUCGGGCCCCUGGCAUCAAAAUGCCUUUAUUGCCGUCGCCUUUCGUGAACGUCGCCUUUCGCGAACUGCGAGGCGGGAAAUUGGCUGGCAAAUGCCGCGGCUUCUACUUUUGGGCUUUUCCUGCGCUCGGUAGGCACUCGCGAGCCUUGUGACUAGGCGGCGCAUUCGCUGGGUUGCAGGCUGCAAUGCCUCGCACCCGCCUCGCAUUGCAUGCAAAUCCGCGCAGCCGCGUAGUUCUUCUGUGUAAUACGAAGACGGCUGCGUAUACAUAGAGGGGGGCGGGCUCGUUUUUCUGGGCGGGCUCGUUCGUCUGAGAUCGCGAAGAGCACUGACUGAACUUGAAGCCACCACAGCGUGACGACUGAUGAGAGGCAAAGGAGCGAAAUGGGCAGGCCCCGCCCAUUUCGUUGCUUUGUUUCUCAUCUUGCCCUCUGUUUUCUUUUCGUCUCGUAUCGCUCUACUCCUGGUGCCGGUCGCACGCUGGUCCUUUCGUUGUUUUCCUUUUCCAGCCUUCUCUACCUCCCGUGCUGUUUUUUUUCAAUGACUCGAUAGUCUGCUCGGUCUAGGGGGCUCGCAACUUGAGCACUUAUGAAUCAGGUGGCGGCGCAAGCUCGUGGCAGCUUCCGCGGAUCUCGAGCCCCGGACACUUUCACGGAGGGCGCGGCGCAUGCUCCUAAAGUAGCCCGGGGGCCGCGGCGUCGGGCAGUUCUGGUGCCGCCGCUCUGGAAGGCAGAGCGGGCCUGAGAUCCAUCGUGGGCUGGGGCAGCUUUUGUGGCUGCGCGUUUCCUCCAGAUAAAGCCGCGGGCCCGCGCACGCGUUCCCGAGCCCUUUUUUUUAUGCGGCCGCCCUCCCUUGCGGCCCGGGAACGCGGCUGCAAGCCGAUGUGGUCGGCGAGCAUUCUCAGCUCGUUUCUUGGAUGGUCUUCAGCUUCACGACCAGGCCGUCCCGAGAGCUUCACGCCAGGGCGCCACGGGGCGCAAUCUAAGUGCGCGCCGAAAGCGUGCGAAAAGUUGCGUCAGGCUUCCUGGGGCGCGACCCAUAUCGGUGCGGAACCGCACUCAAAUACUAAAGUAGUGCGCGCAGCUUCGCUGCAAAACACAGCGGCCGUGGUAUUGAACUAAGUGAAGCGCACAGGCCCGCGGAAAUUUGUUCAAGCCAAUACUGGCAGGAGGGGGGCGCGCGCUGGGCCGGGGUUGUUUCCUUGGGUUGCCGCAGACUGUCUCGCCCUUUGCCCGGCUCUUCCGUAUGUCCCGAGCUGCUCCCGUGUGGCCCUUACACGCGCAGGGCGUCCGCCGCAAAAACCAAGCACCGGCCGGGCAAUGCGGAAAUGACGCCCCGCGCCUGUGUUUUCGUCGGGCCGGCGGCCCAUUUGCCUCUGUGCUUCCUCUCCGUCGGCCCCCGACUUCGUUGGCCGAGGUAGUUGGAGUCUACCUAGAGCGGGCGCUGCUUGCCGUGGUUGCCCUUGUGCGCUCGCCCCGCCUACCUUGGGUCGCUUCCUGUUUCUAGCGCAGGCACCCGCGGCUGCGGUCGGGGCAUUGGAAUAAACCUCGAGCACCCACAGCCGCGGCCCGCCGGUCGCGUUUCGCCGCGGGAAAAAAAAGCUAGCAGGCGCGGCAAGCGGCCUUGUGGUGCUUCGCUGCCUAGCCACAUCGCCGCUGGCUAGCCGCGCUUGUUGGGGUCCGCCUUCGGCGUGGGCCCCCUACGCGCCGGCCCGCCGUCGCGACCCGAGCCGCCGCCAGUGAGGGAGGGCGCCUCCGGGUUUCUGUGGGCGGCCAUUUUCCGCUUUUCUUCUUCGGCCCAACGCGGGCAAGGCCCUCGCCACCCCGGCAAAUAAAGCGGCGGGCGCCGCCUGGUUGCCCCCCCCUACGAUGGCUUGCCCAGCCUGGCUGGCCCUCCUGGUAGGCAGUCUCUCCGGGGGGCCGCCCGCCGCGACGGCCAGCCGGGGGGAAGCGAAACGCGCGGAACGGCUGAGGCGCCCGCCCGGCCGGGCGCCCAGGGUGGUACGUAGUGAGGCCACCGAGCGGCUCCGGCCGGGGAAGCGGAAGGUUUGUGCCAGCCAGACAACAAAACGCCCGGCGACUUCAAUCGGCCGGAAGGCUUUUGGGCCCACAUAGAAACGCGGCAGCCUUCAAUCGGCCGGGGCACUGGGGUCAAUCAAAAGGGCCCGAGGCUAUUCGAUCGCUUGCCGAGUGAUGGGGCGACGGACGCGGGGGGGGUGGGCGCCGGCAAAAGGGGCGCUCGUCGGAAGUGCCCGGGGCGCUGGUUUCCGCCGAUUUGGGGCGCCCCAAAAGAGGCGCCAAAGAAUGCCAAGAAGAAAAACGCCCGCGGGCCCGCAUGCUUUAGACGCCAUUUUUUUCGAAUUUUGAAGGUCGCAAAAGCGGCGGCCUAAGUGGGCCACUUCCAAUGCGGCGAGCAGCUUGCCAACUGCUUCGCUUUGAUUGAAAGUGAAAAAAUAGAAAAGACGCAACGUGCGCGAAAGGCAGCUCGCUGAUCCGCAUGCUGCGGGCACGAUUUGGGGCGCCCGAGGGGUCGACCGUGGCGGGGCCAUAGCAUACGGGGGAGGUUUUCUGGUUUUAAGGGCAGGAAGAUGGCGACUUGUGGUCGUGAUAUCUACGGUCCCCGGCUGCAUGCCUGCGGACAUACGUCAUGCGCGACGGGAGAGUGCCCGAGACAAAAGGCGUGGCGCUUUUGCUACCGGGAAUGUACGCGCGAAAGCAGUGCCGCAAAAUUGGGCCGCGCAGGCAAAAAAACCGCGGCAGCCGCACUACCCCCGCGGACAGAGGCGGCCCGUAGUCGUCUUGGUCCUUACCUACUGCAUUUACCUACCCCGCUCGGCUCCGGCGCGCUUUGGUCCGUGUCGUGAAAUAUAGGGCGGGCUGCGCCCUCCGAGGCGGGGGCGCCUUGCUCCCCUGCCUCCGUUUGAUUGCGGCCCGAAAGGCCUCCGUUUGAAGAUUCCGGCCCGCCCCGCGUGGCCCCCGGCCCUCUCUCUGCCGCGGCCGGGCCCCCGGCCGCCUCCAAAGCCUCCGAUCCUUUCCGAGUGGGCAAUGCACAACCAAGCUCCGGACGCCUUUCCUCUCCCCGCCGGCCGGGCUCGGGCCGCUUCUACGCCGGGGGGGGGGCCCUCUUCCCGCCGGGUUGGGCCCAGUGCGCCCUUUUUCUUUUUUUUGAAAAGGGGACGUGGACCACGAGCCCCCAUUUUCUGCGUGUUUUUCCGUACUGAUUGGGGCACGCCCGGUGCCGGCCUACUUGCAUGCGCCGGCCGGGGCCUUUUCCGCGCGAACGUUGCCCGCCCAGCGCAUUCCCGGUGCGGGGCGCUCGGAGUUGAUACGCGCGGCCGCGCCGCCCUUUCGUCCUUCUUCGACUUAGAAAGGGCGCUCUGGCGGUCGCGCAUUCGAACAGGCUACCCGGUUGGUGCCCCUCCGUCGGCUGCCAGUCUGCGGCCGGACUGUUGGGCCCAGGGACGAAGGACGUUUCUGCGCUUCGUGCGGCUAGUUCUGCGAAGCCCCAUCCCUCGCACUUUGUGGGCGGGGCAGCUGCCGGAGAAGCGCAGCGCGAGCCCAACCCGGUGUCCGCCAGGCUGGUGUCCAGCCUCAAGCUGCCGCUCCCCCCGGCCCCCAGAGCCCGGGAGCCAGGCAAGAGGUUGCUCGUGUCCAAAGCCCGAGCUGUUUUAUUCUUCGCUUGUUAUGUUUACUACGCGCCCGAUCCUCUGCGGUCAUCGUCAUGUUUGCUACGCGCCCGACCGUCGGCGUGCUGGUCAUCGGCGUAAUAGUCUAGGGAGUUAGUAAAAGCAUGCGCGCAAUGCAUUUCAAUCCGCUCCUGACCCGAACGCAUUUGCGCGGGAUACUGCGGCGCCCUCGUUAUCAGCCUGAUGUGCUAUCUCGUGCGCAAGAAAAGUCAGCGUGGUGGCCAAGCAGCGGUGGGCGAUGCCCUAGAGUCUGCUGUUCCUAUCCCAGCGAACCAUGGGCAUGGUGCUGAGACAUUGCAGAAGUACGCUGUUAGCGAGGCGAGCGCGUGUGUCGAGCCGCUUCCUCUUGGCCUCAAAGGUAAGUCCUCACUGUACUACUUACUGGUAUGUGUAUGCAAAGUGUUCACAUUUUCGGGCAUCACAGUCACUCGUCAUCGGAAUUUUGCCUGUGUGUGUUAUCUAUAUAUUGCAGACACUCACACUAUGCUGCAGGUCAUAAUCACUUGCACCAAGUCAAGCUGUUAGUCGUUCCUCGCAACAGCCCCCUUGCUUUCCAAAAGUCUUUGUGCAGAAGGUUCGCAUUUUUCAAUCAGGUACGGAUUCAGCUACAGAAGGCAUGCUGGAUGCAAAAUCCGAGUGUACAGCAGAUGAGCCGGCUACACUGCUGCAGGGCGUGCAAGCGAAGCCGGUGCCGGGGUCAUGAGGCCCUGUAAGUGAGGAGAGAGCAGCCAUGGAUGAACCAGGAGGCAUGAAGUUCUGAGAUACAGUUCUCUGGGGUACGGGUACGCACUUUUCAGUCGUUUGAAAAUGUCAUCGAUUUCUCUGCCGAGUUUUAGGUUAUCGCUAUCAAAGAGAAAUCAUUGUCUGGCGCUGACGCGACGCGAAGCAAUACUUUCCUACACUUACUUAUCUAUGCUUUCGGUUUUGCUAAAUGAAGAAGAAGAUUCCGAAAUGAUGAAUUUAUAACGCGGAUGGUAAGCCAGAAUCAGAAACAAAAAACAGUACUAUGUUGCUAUAUCAGUCACACAAAUAGUAAAUAGAAGUUGAAGUUAGUUGCGAGAAUUCGUCAAAAGCGUGACUCUUCGAAGAUCUCCUGCAAGAAUUCCUUUAACGGGACCUGAUUACGCGUUUUGAAGUUGCAAUUACAAAGCUCCAUCGAGCCAAGCCACAUACGUUCACGCUCGCAGUGCCUGUAGAAGGUACACCGCGGAAAGGAACAAACGCUACACAAAAACUAAACUAAAAAAAGGAAGGUCAAGCGCUGAGGAAUAACAAUGAUGUAGCUGCGAAAUAUAAGUUAGGCGGAAUGAAAAAAAAAGUUGUAGUUGUAAUUCUUAUAGUAAUAGAAGUCUCGUCACGAGUUAGAUUGGCCUCCGCCGCCGUCAUAGUUUUUCUCUGUAGCGGUUACAUAUUUAUAACUGAGUGUAACAAGUCAUGGUGACGAGUAAACAAGGCCAGUCUCACUCACACAAAACCCCACUCGAUACUGGGGUUUUCGCACUGCUUGUGUUGGUGUGUGGCAAUAGUAGCUGGCCCUCAUGUGAGUACAUGUAUACACGAGUAAGCGCAAGGCGUUACGUCGCCCACGUGCAUGCAAUUUCUUUGACAAGAAAAAGUAGCAAUGACCAGACUUGCAU